AUGCCAAAUGCAGAUGGACUUCCGUAUCAUGAAUCUCAGGCACUCUUGAGACAACUUUGUUUGAUGCAUGCCUUGAAUAUGCUAGUGGGAGAACCACGCCUAAAUCAAGCCCACAUGGAUCAAGUGUGCAAUCAACUGGUCCAACUAUCACCUGAACCGUCAGUUUCAACGACCAAUCCGCACAGGGGAAGAUGGCUGGGAGGAAAUUACGAUGUCAAUGUUGCCAUCUAUAUUUUGGAAAAUGAAUGGAAUUACCAAGUAAAUUAUUAUUCUCGUCGACGGACACCCAAGAAUAACAGCAAUAGUAACGAGAACAUGGAUGAGUCAGUAGAGGAAUCAUCAUCCUUGUCAUCCAUGGAGGGGGUCUUGGUCAAUGUACCAGGAACAUUUCCAUGGACACGGCAUUGGAUCAUGUACAAACCAUGGAACCGUGGUGAGGGCGCGGCCAAACAACAAUGGUACCGAUUGGAUUCCAAGGCGGCGUGUCCAAUUCAAGUAAAAGACCUUCAGGUCCAAGUCGACAAGCAUUCCCAAACUGGUGAUACUGUAUUGACCAUUCAAAAACAGCAAGGUGAAUGA